AUGAUGGCUUGGAAGGCACACGAGGGGUUGCGCAAUGUCGGCACUGAUGGUCAACCAACCAUUGUGGUGCUUGACAACAUACAAGCUUACAAGAGACUUUGGAAUCUAUCUCUUGGCAGAGAAGCCCAGAUGAUUGUGGGAACCGGGGCAACAGCGGCCCAGAUGGAGGACUGCCUACCAGGAGCAUUUGAGCUAGCCCCCUUGCUAGAAAACUGCAAGCAAAAUAAAUGGUCCACUCUCACGAUUGAAGCACUAGAGAAGUAUAUCAACUGGGUGCACAUACAUGCUGUCGAGAGGUUUCAUUGGGUCGAUGCCUUGAUCUUCUAUGUGCUAGCCCUCACCAUGCACCGCAAUGCUUUUGGACACAUGUUCAAUGAUCAGACAUGCAAACACCAAAUCAAUCCGAAACAACAUACUAUGGUUCAGCCGCUCGGGACAAAUAAUGCCAAUGAGGUAUCUACGCAAGGCAUGAUGGCAGCAUUGAGCAAUUUUUUGGGUCAGCUAGGAAUCACUGAAGAGACUUACAGGAGGAAGUUAUUGUUUUUCACAGGCAAUGGCAAAGCCUUCGAAGGCAUCAACAAGGUGAAAAAGUUGUUAUCUGUGCAAGAGGGUGAUUUUAGGUCAUUCCAAUCUGUGCGUGCAGUGCUUGAGAUAUGGCAUACAAAAUGGACCGACCUCAUCCGAAUCUUCCAGUGUCACUGGGGUACUGGCCAUGAGGUGUCCGACCCAUCUACCUUGGGCUACCUAGCGCGAGCAACAUCGAGUCCUAUUCUGUUGAAUUUGAGCAAGGUUGAUUUUUAUCCAAGUAUGCAGCUGCUGAAUAUUGCCAUGCUUGGUCACAUUCUUGACUGCUGGGGGGAUUACUUAGGGACUGACAAUCUGAAUGCCUUCUUUGAAUCCCUGGCUGUCGCAAACCGCCUGCUAUGCCUGAUGGCACUUUUUGAUGAUGCCGACAUCUUGGUGAAACAAUACUAUACUACAGAUGCAUAUAUGCAUACACUGCACCCUAAGCUAGCGGGUGGCACAUGGUACUCUGAUGCACCCAUAGGACCAACCUGGGGAAUACACAGCAUGAAUUCCAGUACGACAGGGAGAGACAUACAACUGAACCUUGACAAAUCUGUGAGAUCGCUUGGUGAUCUUAAUGAUCAUGGCGGCGCAUCGCAAUCAGAGGACAUGCAGACCAUGGAGGUGAUGGAUCUGGAUCUGUGCAAAGACCUCGAUGGUGCAUUGCAAUUAAGGGGCCUGCCAAACACUGCGGCAAUGGAUGAUCAUGUCGUGGCGGCACGCGUGGAGGGUUCUUCAAGUGAUAUUGAGAGUUCAGAUACCGAGUUUCUGCUCAAGGAAUCAAAGUAUGAGUCACUCAAUUCCCAAAGUGAUUGGGCAUUGGUGAACAGCAUUCUUCUGAUGCGAGAUGGCAUCUGGUUUUUGGAGGUCUGUCGUACGGUUGCCUUAGGUGACAUCGGACGAGUCUGGGAAGUUCUAAAGAUAUGGAUCUUUACCUUCUUGGGAUCUGGCCACUCCAAAUACACUGCCUACCUCGUGAAACUGUUCUGCAACAUUACUUACGAGUAUCUAAAGGCCACUCAGAUUGCUCUCUUCAACAAUUGGCUGGUCAAUCUGUCAGGAAAAGCGGGCAAAUUUCAUGAGCUGGAUUUAAUGCAAGAACAUUUCAAUAAGUACCUGGAGGAAUUUGCUCAGCAUAAAGAGAAGGAAUUUGGGGACGAAUGGUAUCGUGAUGUGCUGUCGAUCCACAUCCACAACUUCAUGCACCUCUCCAAUGAGAUAGAAGAAGCAGUCAAUCUCACAGACCGGAGCUCGCACCAUAUCAAUAAGUGCAUUAACAACAAGCUGAGGCUUGUUAUCUAG